GAUAUGUCUUGCCGGUUAACCGAGCAUCGAUAGCGAAUCGCGAGGAUUCAGCGAUCACGCGAUGAUAUCGCUCGCUUAUUAUUCACAGAGAGCGAUCGCGGUUUUUCACGUACUUGUCGCGAGCGCGUAUCAAGAGAAAAGGAAUACGAUAUACGGAGCGGCGCGGGCCGCUAACCGAUCCGUUCGACUGUCGCCGCGCGAAUGAUAGACACAAUGAGAAUAGACGGUUUUUUCGACCGAAGUGUUUACGGCGCUACGUCAUUUCUCGGAACCGGGGCUCGACGUUCGACGCCCGAAAUUCCAAAACCGCGAUCCAUGACGUGUGAAAUAUUUGGCCGGUAUAUUGUAGACGCACACGGCGCUCGACGUUCAUUGUUUACGGGGCGUUCACCUCGGUCUUGACGUCACUACAGUCUACCUGCGUCGCGCGUUUAUCGUUUUAUCAUUCGUGUAGUGAGACUCGAGGUGAUAGGUGCAUGGUGGCGCGAUCCUCUCCGUGUGUUGUAACGUUCUUCAAACCGUGAUCACGAGUGUCAAGAAAGAUGCAAUCACUACGGCCGAUCUGUAAUUAAUUAACUCGAUCAUCGACCAGCACCGAUUAAUUGGCUCUCACUUAAUGGUUCGUACACUGUGAUUAAUUAUCAAAGCGGAUAGUUCGUGCGACUCAUUCCUGCGCGGACUCCGUGGCGUCGGCGUCCGAGGUAGGCGAAGAGUACGACGACUCCGACAUGUAUAUGGAGCCGGAUGAAUCCGAGACGACUUCGCAACCAGAUCGCACAGAGGAGAGCACGCAAGAGAGUAAUCAACGCGAGGCGCUAACCGUUACUACCGAAAAGAGUAAUGAGAAAUUACCCGAAGCCGCGAAGCCUGAAGCUUCUAAAGAUCAGGAGGCGAAGAACACGGAUCACACCGCCGUCGCGCAGGUCGCCGCCGAUGCAGGCGGCAGAAGUUUGGCAACCGAAAGUCAAAAUUUCUUCCCCUCUUUCGCGGAACUCUUCACGAAUCACAGGCUCUCGUUCGCAGAACAGCAACAGCGAUACCGUCCCAACAGAUUCCUGGGCUAUUUCCAACGCGAGCGGAACUAUCAGACCGCCGCGACCAAGGAUCAACACUCCAUACUGGGGUCAGGUAACUUCGGCGUGAUCCGCGGCGGUACAUACUAUCCGGAGGACAAAGAGAACGACGAGUACUCGGUAGACGAGAGCCUCUACAAUCCGUACUAUCACAAUCGUGGCCGUGCGCAAUAUUACAGGAACCCAAAACCACAGCCGAUUCGUGGCGGUGACUUCUUUGCGAACUUCCGCGAUUUCGCCGACAUUACGGCGCCGCCAAAGUCCAGUUUCUCACAUCUUUCCGUGGUGUAUGCCAACAAAAACGACAGCUCCACUGGACGCGUCACGGAGCCCAGGAAUAUCAUCGAGACUCUCAAGAUGCUGGAAGAAGAGGAGCGGUCUAACGCGGAGGAAGAGACCAGCACGGAAGUGCCGAGGAAGAAGCAGAGCAAGGGCAAGUGGAAGCUAAUGAAGAUAAAGCAGUACGAAGAGGACAAGGCCAGAAGAUCUCGUAUGUCCGUCGAGCCGCUGCUCGCUCUCAGCUGAGCGUAGAGAAAUGUCGCUAAAGUGUACGUUAACGUGGACGCAAACCUCCGGGAUUUCUCCCACACGCGAAAUUUGGCCUCGGGAUCAGAACCAAAGUCGGAAAAGCGUCGUUUUUCUAUCAUUGGAGGAGAAUGUACUGAAAACGUGCGACAAGAACAGAAAAGAUUCGCAUCUCUCUUCACCUGCGGACGAUACUGUGCGCGCAUAUAAACUUUUCGAUCAAGCCAAAAAGCUGGCGACUCGAGAAUCGUCUUUCGAAAUUAACGCGCGACGUCGCCGGUCAGGCGAUAUACAAUUCCUACCAUUGGAAUUCCGACGACGCUCUGUAUCGAUAACGGAGAUAAGCGAAAAUGUCAGUUCACAGUUUUUCCAGAACGAAGCUUCCACAUCACUUGCUGGGCGAUGCGAAAAUUUGGAUUAAUUAAUGUAGCUUUUAAGGUAAUAGCAUUAAGUGUACGAGGCACUGCCGUUCCUGUUUAUCGGCCAAUCGUUGUUAGAUCGAAAACGCACGUGGCCUUAACGUUUAAAUUAUUCCCUAAGUUAGGUGGUAGCCGCACGAGUUUGAAAGAUCCUAAAUAUAUGAUUUUUCGAGUCUACAGUGCGUCGAUUAAGAAAUUCCACGUGGUGCUAUAUAUGUUCCGCCGCGGUCGUACAAACACCUUCUGGAGAUACGUUCCCGUUUCGGCAAGGCGCUUGCAAAGCUAACUAGUAGCAACGAUUAUUUACGGAGACCUUUUACGUUGAUUGAAUUCACUUGCUCGUACGUGAACGUUACGCUCGAGUAAGCCACGAUUCCGGAAUCGGUAACUCUUACCAACGACACUUGUGCUCGGGCUAAAACCACGAGGCUCGUGCGCGCGGCCUCGUUAUCCUAUAAUUAUGCGAAACGCGUAAGCACGCGGGAUAUACUUCAGAAUAUGCAUGAGAUCUGUUCGUCAUAGCAACAGUUCUUACAUUUGUCCUUCUUUCUUUCGAAUUACCUGCCGUUAUUUCACUCCAGGUGUUAAAAAUGGAAGACGGAAAGAUAUAGAUCUAUAAAAAUACGCGUGACAAAAUUUUGACCGCGUUGAGUUGACUUGCGAGGAAUCUUGGUAUUAUUUGGUAUUACGGAUAAAUUAUUUCACUUUGCGCGUUCUUCUAUAUUUUAAUGUUUCAGCUAAAACGGAAACGUGCUGCGUUUAUCCGUUAAAUAUUACAUUAAGCACACACGGCUUUGCGUGCAUCGGCAAAAAUUAAUUUUAAUUGGUCAUACUUUAUGUGACAAUCGACAUACCUAUAUAUUCAGUAAAAUAAUAAAGAC